AUGCAUGAAACGAGCGCACAAUUCUCAACAGUUGACCUGGACCGAAGCUUGUUCCCGCCUCUCCCAUCGGAGGUUGAGGUUGUAUUUCAGAGCUAUGUCCCUCAUGAGGUCUAUGAAAUGCCACUGGUUCUGAGGAAUGUAGACAAGGUUCCUCAGCGGCUGAAGAUUGUCAUGGAGAGCUCACUGUAUUUCAAGCUAGAUGUCCCCAGUGGUAUGUGCCGUAAGGUAGCACCUGGCAUGACUACAUCUUUCCACAUCCUUUUCACCCCUGAGGAGAACAAGGAUUAUUUCCACCAGCUCACCUGCAUCACGGAAAGGGAAAUGUUUAAUGUCCCUAUUCGAGCUAUAGGUGCUCGAGCUAUCCUGGAUUUCCCUGACCAGCUGAGCUUCUCCAUCUGUCCAGUCAAGUACAGCACCCAGAAAACUCUGCUAGUUCGCAAUGUCGGUAAUCGGGAGGCCCGCUACUGCAUCAGCACUCAGAGCCCUUUCUCUGUCAAUCCCUCCAUUUGGAACCUUGGAAUUGGUGAAGCCACACAAGUAACGGUGGAGUUUCACCCGCUGGAAACUGGGGAUCAUUCUGGCUCCCUGGUAGUUCACUAUGACACGGGUGAAGCUAUCCACGCAAGCCUUUAUGGAGUGGCUGUAGAUGUCAACGUCGGGCUGGAGAGGAGCUCCUUGAAAAUUGAGAAGACUUACCUUACUCUGUCAAACCGCAGCACUGUGGUCCUCCGUAAUCAGAGUGAAAUCACAGCCCACUUCCAGUGGAAGUCUUUUGCUUCUCAGGGAAAGGAAGAUCAGGAGAAGCUGAGGCUGUGUCACAAGCUGCAGAGGCACAACGAGAACAUGGAUUAUUUUCUCUUAGACUGCACGGAGAACCCCAUUCUCCCAGGAGACCUUCCUCUUCUCUCUGCCAUCUUCAAGGAAAAAAUGUCACAAGUGCAAAGAGACCCCAUGCUUUUCUCCGAUGAUGUUUUCACCAUUGACCCAGUGGAGGGAGACGUCUUGCCAAAUUCUUCGAUUGAAAUUAAUGUGAUCUUUAAACCUCAAGAAGCCACAGUCUAUCAAAAAAUGGUUUACUGCGACGUCUCAGGCCGUGAAACCAGGCUGCCCUUGUGCAUUGAAGGAGAAGGCAUAGAACCCCAGCUCCGUUUAAGCUUUGAGCAGCUGGACAUUGGGAAGGUUUUUGUUGGAUCAACCAACAUCUAUGAGGUGAGCAGUUAG